AUAUGUUUAAAGUAAUAUAUAUAAGAAACGCAGAUCCAGUGUUCUUCACAGAAUUGGAUGACAGAUUACAAAAUUGCCUAAGAAAAUUGGGAGUUGAAGUAACUUAAGUGGAAUUAGAAGAUUUAUAUUUCGAAUGGGAAGGAGGAGUAAUCUGAAAUCCUAAAUAUUUAUAGAAAAUUUCUUUCUUCAAUAAAGGAGAAUUAAUAGAGUUCGACGGUCUAAUGAAUUGGGGUUACAUGAGUCCUAAACAUAUGUAGGACUUUAAUUACUUAAUUGAAGCAGCAGAGUCUGCUGGUAAAGUUACUUUACAUUCUACAAAUGCUGAAAAGAUUUUGUAAAGUAAGUUACUUCAAGGUCUCAGAUUUGCUAAACAUGGCGUACCUAUUCCAAAAAGUAUGGCUGCUUUUACAGUGAAUUCAAUUAUAAAGGUUGUCAGAUCUAAUUUUGCUUAAUAAGAAAGAGGAGUUGUAAAAGCUUUAGAUGGAUAUGGUGGAGAUGGAGUAUAAUUAGCUAGAGGACAAGAUGAAAUAAUUAGUAUGGCAUCAAAAGAAGUUUGGAAGAAUCAUCAAUCAGUCAUCUAAAAAUUUAUUCCUGAUUCUAUUGGAAAAUCAGUCAGAGCGCUUUGUAUGAAUGGCUAAUUAGUAUUAGCUUGUGAAUUUAGUGAUACUGGAUCUGUAAAAUUAAUUAAUAUUUUAGGAUUUUCGAUCAAAUAAUGGUUAUCAUGAAUCUUUAAAAUUAGUUAGUAAAAUGGAUUAAUUCAAAAGGUAUGAGGAAAUUGCCCUUAAAGCUGUUAAUGCAAUUGAACCCUAUUUAACUGUUGGAGGAGUUGAUAUCUUAGAUUCAGAAGUGCAUGGCUUAUAAGUUCUGGAAGUUAAUGGAUGGUCAGAUCUUUGGGAUUCAGAAAAAAUAACUGGAAUUGAUACAUUUUAAAAAGUAGCAGAAAGCUAUUUUGCAAGAUUAAAAAGACAUUAUCAUAAAGAAUGAUUAUUUUAUUAAUAUAGGUUCUAUUUAAGUG